AUGGAAGGCAAUAACAUUCCUCUUACAUCUAACGCAACAUUUGUAACCAAAAUAUCAUCAGAGUGUCCAGUACAACAACAACAUCAGCAGCAACAAGAAUCAUGUGAAGCAAGCAAUAACAAAGCAACACAUUCAACUUCAUACAACGCUGCCGAUGACGAUGACGACGAUGAUGAUGAGAAAGUAGAGCAGAGCAAAAAUGCAUUUGGCACAUCAACACAACGACCUACUGACCUACUUACUCCAAUUUAUAUAGGCCAGAUCAACGGUCAAACAGGAGAAACCAACCAAUCAUCAAGUACCAAGAUCAGAUCAACCAACCAAUCAGAAAUGAGAAUUUCAGAAGAAAAAUUUAUUGAUUUAAGAGAUCGUAUUUCUGUUCUGCACAUAUACAGAGGUCAGAGUUCAUGUUUGGGCAUCAGCAUUGUUGGUGGCAUCGAUACUCCACUCACGAGCGUGGUAGUUCAGGAAGUUCACAAGAAUGGAGCAGCAUACAGAGAUGGCAGACUCGCUCCUGGCGAUCAUAUAUUGCAAGCCUUCGGCUGCGCGUUAAUGAAGAUUUUAUUCAGCUAUAGACCACUGCAGCGGAGGCAGGACAACUUCGAAAUGAGUACAGUACAUCUGGCAGAUUCAUUUCAGGCUCCUGCGAAACGAGAUGUUGUUGAACCCAACAGAAAAGCUCCAGUUUCGAAGUUGUGGAAAGAAUUGUCAGAACAAUAUCACAAGCUGCAGAAAGCAGAAUUUAAAAUUAUUGCUUUCGUACCAAAGCGGAAUAUGUAA